AUGGCGUCGCGCAAGAAGGUCACAUUCCUUGACGAAACCGAAGAGUCCAAGGACGCCCGCGUUGGCUCUCGCGACAUAUCAACCUCUGUAUAUGACCCUGAGUGCCUCAUUGCAGAGGAGCCAAAGCACAACAGGCCAAGACCUCCGGCGGAGGACAUCGACGGUGUUAUUGAUGAGUUGAUCGUAAUCAACUGGGAGGCGAAGACCCUCGCGCACCUGGAUGAAAAGCUCUCCCUCUGGGUCAAAGCCAAGGUCCCCGGCGAUGCUAUCGGUGUGUUCCUCAUCUACGUCCUAUACGACAUGGAUGGUCAUAUCAUCAGCCUGCUAACCAACAUGGUAGACGGAGGCUUUGCUAACUUCGACGUCGCUUGGAAUAUUAUCUUUGCGCAUUGCAGCGAGGAAGUGGCGAGCCAGAUGAUCAUGUACGACGAGGCAUGUAUCAUUGACCCGCUUAUGGGCCGUAUAGAAGAAGAGGAAGAGGCUGAGCCAGAGAAAACACCUUUGCAGUAUGAAUGCUCCAACUGCAAGAGAGAGCAGCAAGCUCUGUUUGAAGGCCUGGAGGAGCAGACGUCCAUAAAGCAGGAGCUCCUCACCGACUAUCCAAUCCCGAAGGUCGUUCUCUCGACAAUGCGGGCUACCAAAGUGCCGAUAUCUGCAUCCGAAGAGGACCUGCAUAUGCUAAAGAUGGAGUUCACCGCUGGGACAAGCAAUGCCUUGACAGACUUUAAGGAUGAACAAAUAUGGUCGGACAGUUUCUACGACGCUACAGUUUUCCAGCCAGCAGAGGCAAACGAGCGAAAGCUCGAAGUGACACGACUCCCCAACAUUGAGACCAUCAAAGCUGAUAUUGUGCAGGCAGGUCAUAAGCCUAAUCCGCUUUCCCCGAAGAAAACAAAUAAAUCUAUCCCUGGUUUCUUCUCAUACCGCAAGGUUUGUAACCGUCUUGCUUCCACUGGACUUAGGAAGUGGGCUGGUAAGAAGGAUCUCCGUAAGGAAUUCUUGAAGGGAGAGAAAGAGUGA